UGUGCCUUCUAACGGUUCGCGGACAGUUUGGACGGUUUCGCACGCACGACACGCACGACUGCUAUGAUUGCACCAAAGUGACCAAAGCACCAAACACACAUUCCCCUCAACUUUUCCUACUACGAGCCCAGUGCGAGCCCGAUCACCUCCAUACUGCGGCAAAGCGCUGACAUGUGCGCGCAGCGAUGUACCGCCGACGCGACUAUCGCCAGGAGAUCUGCCCGUGCUUUGGUUGCAGUCUCAGAGUUUCGAGCGGCGAACUCGACGACCACCUGAAGAGCCACCCCGAUGCCAGCAGUUACUUCUGCAGGCUGUGCUUCUUGGUGUUCCAGAGUCAAGCCACCUACUUGCAUCACGUGUCCGGCGGACAGUGCAACCGCGGCAAACACGGAUACGCUGCGUGCGGUGUGGCCGGUUGCGCGUUCAGAGGCACCUUCUCUUCGCUGGAGUCGCAUUACAUCCACACUCACGGGGCACCCAGCGAUAACCUUCCCUCGGUCGAGUUGACCUGCAGGGCCUGUUCAUCCAAGUUCUAUGUGCUCAUCGACUUCUUGAUUCACCUCGCGAACGACUGCCAUGCCAGGACUCGGAGGGCGACAAAGGCAGACGCUGCCAACUCUCUAACUCGGUCAAUGAUGGAACCGCAGGGCAGCGGGCGUCGACAAGAUCCCUCUGCUCCAGAGAACGAAGCCAACGGUUGUGUUCAGCGGAUUGUGAAUGAACUCACCGAUUCCACGGUUGGGUUGUCCGUUGGACUCGAAGAAAUAAGGCUUCACUCUGUUCAGAGCUUGGAGCUUGCAGGGAGUACCAGCAACAAACUAAUGGACGCAACGCCGAGCCAACCUGUCUGUGCGACAGCUGUACAGUCUGGAGCCAGUGCAGCUAACAGAGUGAGGCCGGAUCCAGAUACCGCAAGUGCUGUACCCCCCAAACCUCAGGAUGACCGGUCAACAUUGCCAAAGAGGAAGUCGAAAAAGGUGAAAGUGCAGAAGACAACGACCAUGCUGCCUGUAGGGCAGUUGGAAAUUCUGCUGCAAAAGACUCGCUUAACGAAAGCCAGAAAAUGAAAAGCAGCAUGGGAAGCCUCAACACCGAGGUUGUUGAGGCUUCCCAUGCUGCACACGAAGGGACCAGGACGCACAGGCAUGCUCAUCCAAGAAAUGACGCAAGCAGGUAUACUUGCAGUUCCUGCAAGCAACCAUUCACUAAUUCACGGGACAUGCAUCUCCAUGCUUUCAAGGCCCAUGGCAUCUACAGCUGUGGCUAUUGCUACUGGACGACCAUAGAUGGCCUGGAGCGUCUGCGUCUGCAUCACUUUGAGGAGCACAAAGGUCUUCACUUCGUGAGACCAGUUAACUGCCGCUCUCCCAGCCAACAUACUUUAGAGUCCCCUGUGGUAGUUGCUGGAACGGUUCCAGUAGAAGCCACAUCUAGAAGUGAGAGCAGGACUGUUGCCACGCCUGAAGUUGAAAAAACAUUGAUUGAAAAUCAAAACUUUAUUCUGAAUGCGGCUUCAAAUGAACUCCACCCUGCAAAAGCGCAGAUUUUCAAAUGCCAUAUUUGCGAGGCAGUGGUUGGGGAUUCGUCGGGCCACCUUUGCCAGGAACACAGUGUGCAUGCAAGUCCAGAUUCCAGUUACUGCGGGUCAGUACAGCCAAGUUUACGGCUGCAUCAGGGUGUGGUGCGCAGCAAGACCUCCAGUGGUGGCCAGAUAAUGGAGAAAUCAGAACCAGGUUUUUCAAAGUCAGUGGAGGAGCUGCUCCCCAAGAUGCCGGUCAUGAUGGAGGAACCGAUGACCACGAGGACACCAACUUUUUGCAGCAGCAGUUCCAUUGCGGACCUGCAGCAAACUGAGCUAGCGAUUUCCAAUGAUUCUGACACAAGAGGCUUAGACAAUCAAAGCGUUAUUGCAGCAGAUGAAAAUUCUGGUGACUCAUGCUCUGUCGUGGGUGAUGAAAUAAACUGUAGUCAUGAGCAGUCACUCAUGGUCAAGUCUGAAUUGAUGACCUCGGUUGUCAGCCACAAUGAUAAGAACCAGGAGCCCUCUAAUGCUUCAAGAUCCAUUUCGGACAUGGGUUCGAGCAACAGUUCUGGAGUAGCAGUUGGGCUCAAGGGAGGUGAAAUAAAGAAAGUGUGCAAUUCCUUCCUUUGUAAUAAAUGCAACCAGCACUUUACCACACGGGUAAAUCUGGUGUGCCACAUGGUGAGGGUUCAUGAGCAGCGUAGCUUCUGCGUCUACUGCAACUACAGUGCGGCGACGACAGUUCUGAUGGAGCUCCACCAAAGAUGCAGGCAUCGCAGACAUUCACUGAGGUAUUUGUCUCUCCAGGGGGGCAAUCUUGGAUUUGUGGUGUGUGCUUCAACGAAGAGCCACAAGAAGCAGGUUGCCAAGGGGACUUCCUCAUCUUUCGACUUGUCUGAGCAGGAUUUGCAUCUGAGUAAAUCUCUUCUGAAAAUAACGGACAGGUGUUUAUCUACCAAGGGGCGUCGGACAGCCCUUCACAAUGAUCCUACGGGCCACAGUUUUUCCAGAAAGAAAUAUUUCAAUUCAAAGAAGCAUAAGUUCACCAAAUUGUGCAGCAGCAAGCGCAUUAUCAAACAAGGAAAAACCAGAAGAGUCUUCACAUUGAGUUCGUCAGAUGAGAUGGAUACCGUCGUCAAGAGUUUGUCGGAUGAGACUAAUGCCCUCCCCACUUCAGUAGAGAAGAAUGAAGAGGCCCCGGUGGCCAUCAGGACGUACAGCGGCUACCGCGUCCCCAAGUCGGCAGCAGCUCUUGCUCAACUUGCUCAUGUAGGGCACCGCUUUCAUUGUUGCAUGUUUUCAUGUUCCUUCAGCACCGAUUCUCAAUCGGAGUUCAGUGACCACCUGGACGGUCACACCGAGUCCGGGCAUCAGCUCAUGUGCAUUUACUGUGGCGAAACGGUGCAGUCAUCCAGCGAUCUGCUGAGUCAUCUUAACGCUAGGCACUGGACCCUCCAGCAUCAGUGCGCUAUAUGCCUCUAUCGGGGAUCCUGCAAGCUCUACGUGCAGUGCCACUUCGAGCAUGCGCAUCAACAGGCACUCUUUACAAGUCUCAUAGUGCUUCCCCAUCCCCAAGAUGACCGAUUUCCAAGGUCUUCCCCAUUGCUCACAGAAGUAACCCUUCGUCCAUACCGUUGUAGCUUUCCCAGCUGUGAUUUCUUUAUCGGAGGCACGGCAGCAUUCACUGAACACCUGAGACAGUACCACCGCGGAGCAACCUGCUUCGCUUGUUCCGAGUGUAAUCAGACGUGGGGCUCUAUUGCGCAGCUCAUGGAGCAUUUGACGGAGCAUGGAUUCGCUGCCGUCCAGUGUGGCUACUGUCCGGCCACGGCGACCACCAUGAGUGGCAUCCUGCUGCACCUGUGCUACUGCCACGCAGAGGUGGACCCUAAGUUCCUCAUCAGAGACAAUGACCUCGAAGAAAACUUCCACAGUGGGACAAGCAAGUGGACCAUCUCCCGGGAUGCAAUGCUGGAAAAUUCUAGAUGCGUGAAGUUCCAGCAGCGCUGCUAUUGCUGUUCACACAUGCUGACGGGCUUCAGAGCGCUGAAAGCCCACAUCACAAUUGAGCACCGGCUCUCUCCGGUGCCUGAAGAGCUCGCCGACCGCUUGUUCACGUCGUACGAUUACACAGUGGCCGUCCAGAAAGGACGCUGCCCAUUCUGUUCCUUUGUGGCAGAAGAUUCAGUGGCCCUGCAGGAGCAUGUUCUGUACCAGGAGCUGCAGUGCAUCGAUGUUCGUCACCAGUCGAAGGACAUCUGGCGCGGAGACGAAGACGACAGUCGGUUGCUAGCCUGGGCCGAAGCCAACCUGCGCUUCCGGCGGCGUCACUACGUCUGCCCCGAGUGCCCAGAAACAUUUGACACCACGUCCAACUUGGGCCUCCACGUGCAUCGCCAUUACGUCUAUUACCCGGUUGCCUGCAAACUUUGUGGCACGACACUAAGGGGCCUGGUUUCCCGGGACAGACAUAUGUCGCAGGAGCAUGGUCUGAAGGAUAGCAAAAGUGAACAUUGCGGGUUGAUGCCUGAGGACGUCUCGGCCAAGGUUCAGGAGGUCAUCAGCAGACAGAAGGCAGGCCUGGAGGAGCACGGCUGCGAGCAGUGCGGCUUCAAGUCGAGGAGCAGCAGCUACAUCGAGAAGCAUCGUCUCCGUUGCAGUAUCAUUGCCGGAAAUGCGUCGGAAUUGCCAUUACCUUUCAAGUGCUGUGUCUGCAGGGCAGCAUUCAGCCUUCUGUGCCCAUUGCUUGAGCAUGGGUUCUGGCAGCAUGGAUUCUCCUACUUUUGUGCCGACUGUUACUUUGGGGCAGAUGACGAAGGCGCUCUCCGGAAGGGCGGACAUCCUUGCAGAGGUCGUGACGCAUUCCUCGUGGAGAAUAAGCAGCAAGGCUCAAGGCUAACUGCUAGAUCUGCACUGUACAUUAGCCAACUUACGGUUGUCAAGGACUGGGAAGUCUACUACAAGAGCAGAGACUUUGAGUAUGAGGGCUUGGAUCGUCUGUUUGUGCAGCUCUAUGAGCAGAAAGUCAUGGUGGUGGACCUUCUGGGAGUGGUAAACUUUGAGGGAUAUGUGAGGCUUUGCGACGUCGAGGUGUGAUCUACUUGCCGGCAUCUUCGAGCUGGGUUGGCAUCCCUCACCUUUUUAGCACUCCACUUUCCUCACUUCAGCAGGUUCUAUUGCCGAGUGCUCUCUUUUGAGUUUGUUGUGUGACCCUAGCUGAGAGAGCUAGUGACUGUGCGGUUGCCAACUGGCACAUCUUCGAAAAGCUCUCCUUUUUGCUCGUAACUGAUGUAUGUUUCUUGUCGGCCUCUCUUUUUUUGUUAAGUCAGAAAGUCUGAAAUCUGUUUCUUUAGCAUCGCCUUGGUCUAUUGCGGUUGUGCCCAAGUGGCAGAACUGUUUAGGCCCAACUGAGGAGUGUCGCUCUGUGCCUUGGUGAACACACCAGCCUUUGCUGGUCUGUGUUAAUAGGCUCACAGAAUUCAAAAGAUUGGUAAGCUGAUCUUGGUUCAAAGUGAUUCGAUGCACAAUUACAGCAGCCUUGAUUUCUUGAACUGUGCCCUAAUUCGGGACCUAGAGGAGGAUCCCGUGCUCUCAAAAGGUUUUUUAGUGAAGUGGGGGAGCUUUUAUGUAAUGUCCGAAAGGUCUCGUAAAACUUAUCUGCUUAUUUCAACCACUUGAAUCAGGGUACCUUUUUGUACUUAUCCCAAAUGAAAGCAUUCACAAGCUUCAAACUUGCUUUCUUGUGGCCCUGUUACGUUGAGAACACGUGGCGUCAGCAUUAACUAUGUUGCCUCUGUGUGAUGGCUCUCGGCAACCGGCACGGGCAACAAAUUGUGUCGGACAAUACGUGUAGCCUGGUUCGGUGGCCGAGCGAAUUUUGUGUCGCCAGCAUAGCUUUCAUGUUGCGAGCCCACUCAGAAACAUGCUUUUACUGACAUGAUACUGGGGAGUGCUAUUUAGUGAUAAUUGCCGACUGAUAUGCAACCAAGUCAAUUUGAUGACUGCUUUUGUUGCAUAAUUAUGGGAAGCAACUGCGUGAAACUGCCAUGUUGCUCAUCCUGCUGAAUUUCACCAAAAUGUGGAGUUUGCGUCACUUGUGUGCCAAAAGGCGAUUUGUUUUUCUUUAAAUGCUGCAAACCGUGCCUCUCAACACUGCCAGGUUACUACAGAGGACUUGUGUGAAUUUAGAAUUCUUAUUAUCAGGUUGAAUAAUGUGCUAUUAAAUUUUGCCUUUGUGUCGAACAGUGACAGUGCCAUGACGUUUUGCCAUAUUUCUUGUUGUUGGAGGCUCGUUUGAGUGGGUUAGUUUCUUUUCAAUUGGUGCUUCUUGUCAGUCACUUUUGCACCGCAGAAAACAGUGUGGUCACUGUCGUUCUGAAAGUCUCGCUUUGCUGCAUUUUUUUGGGAGAAAGCACUCCAGUACCUAGAAAAUAUUUAACUGAAUGUUGAUGUGACAAACUGUUACGUGUUCAUUUUAAUUCUUAUGUCCGAUCCAAGUUCUAAGCAAGGCUAUUGUAUCGCGCAGGAGGAUGUAUGAAUCCCCUUGGCUAGAUAUACUUGAACAUUAUUAUUAUUAUUAUUCAAAAUACCUGGCGGGUCCAUUUCUGGACAUUAGACAAGGGGUGGAUUUAGUCAAAGUAAAAGCACACACGUGAAACUAAGGAUCUCACAUUCUCUCAGCCAUAAACAAUUUUGGCAGGAACGCAACGAAAGGUCUACAUUUUUAUACUCUUUUGGAAAGAGCGCCACCUGCAACGCAAACUCGUGUAUUGUACAAAAAUGUUAAACACUAUUCAGGUAUGAAUAGUUUAACAUCGCUUAAUCUCCCCAAGGGGAGAUUAAUCGAUGGAGCCAGACCUGCCUGCACAGAACUUGUUGCAACAUAAAAGAAGUCCUCUCCACCCUCACAAGUUUUCUACUGUCUAUGACUAGCGGUCUCAUCCUCCCCACUCGCAUCCAGCGUUCGCUCUGCUGAAGUAGAAAGAGUGAGGAGCUUUGUCGGAAGGACUUAUCCUGCUAUUUUUGCAAGUGACCUCCCAGCCGCCUUUUUUCCUAAAUUUUUCCCCUAUAGAUGGGGUUGUGUAGUGGGUUCAUAUAAAUUCUGGGACAACUUGCACCAGAACGGUGGUUUUUCAGUUUAUCGCAAAAUCUCAACAGUAUAUUUUUUAGAACAAAUGUAACGAGAUACCUAAGUCGCAAAGGCGAUACAAUCGAAACAUCGCAAAUAUAAAUUUCACUUCUGAGAUUAAUACAGUUUUUAAAAUGUUCUCAAUAGAUGCUGUUGCGAUACUGCCCAGCCCUGCUAGCUUCAUCUGUGAAUUACUUGUGUUUCAUGUGGUUCAUGCAAGAAUUACUUGUUUUUCAUGUGGUUCAUGCAAGAAUUACUUGUUUUUCAUGUGAGAGUUACCUGUGGUUUAUGUGUCAAUGACUUGUGUUUCAUGUAUAUACUACUUUUGUGUGUGAAUUACUUUUGUUUUAUGUGUGAAUUACUUGUGUUUCGUGUAUGAAUUACUUGUGUUUCAUAUGAGUUACCUGUGGUUCAUGUGUGAAUUGUUUCAUGUAUAAAUUGCCUUUGUUUAUGUUUGAA